UGAGCCGGAGGAAAAGGGGCGGGGCUUUCGCUUGCAUCCAGGCACCAGUUUGUGCCGAAAGCGGCGGAAGGUGGGGAGUUUUUUUUUCACCAUCACUCUCACGCACGUACUGAGCGAGCGAAACGGGCCAUAACUACACGGAUUAUGGACCUGAGCCUGCGAGAUGCUCUGGGUAGUGGUGGAAUGCCAGGUGGGGCUCCUGGUGAUGGCCUACUAAAGAGAGACUUUGUGGCCUCCCUGGAGAAAGAGAGUUACGAUGACAAGGUGGGAGAGACAGUCACCAAAAGCGAAUAUCGGCCCUUACUAGAUGGAAAAGACACUAAGAGCGGUCCAGGCAUGAUGUCAUCAGGAGGACGCCAAGACCCACCAGGACAACCUGCCUUCAGCUCUGACUACCAGUCUGGAUUCCCUCAGUCUGCGCUGGGAGGCACUAUGGGGUCUGCUGGUCUGCCACCAUUCCAAAGCAGUAUGAGCUCCACUCUUGGUCUUUCUUGCAUGGACACCCAGAAGAACUUGUUUGGUUCAGAAUCAAAAUCCAUUACUAUUGGAAGCAGUCCUUUCAAACCCAGUGAGCCAUUUUCCUCUUCGGGCAGCCCAGGAAUCCAGUUGGUGGAUAAUUCAGCAGCUCCCGUCCUCUCUCCCAGUGGCUCAGUGGACGACAGCAGCACCGCUUCAUCUGCCUCUGAACCCCUCAGCCCUAACACUGCAGGGCCUGGGGGUGAGGUUGGCAAGCAACAGCAGAGACGGAGAAAGAAGAAAAGGAAGGGGCGCGAUGAGGUCUACAGCUUCUUGGAUAGCCAACAAAUGGAGAAUAAUGUCGGCCAGUCAGAUCGGCAUGGUGUAAAAAACUGUGCCUCUUCGCAGGAGAAGGGAGGAUGGGAGGUGGAGGACGAGGAGGAGGAGAACUGGGAAUGGGAGAUCAGAGAGAGUGGAGGAGGUGGUAGGGUUCGAGGGAAGAAGACUAAAGGUCGGGCAAGGCUUCCAGAGGAAUGGGGCGCUCCCCAGCAGCCUGUCUCUCCCACGCCGGCUGCAGUCGCUCCUACAUGGGCUACCAUUGCUGAUGCCAAAGCUCCAACCAGCAGCCCCUGUCCUGUUUUGCCCUCUGCCCCUGUACAGAUAUCCGCAAGCUUCACCAACCAUUCCCAUGCUAGCCUUUUGACAGAAUCAUCUCAGCGCCCAUAUGAGCCGAUGUGUGUAGAAAGUUUUAUAGAUGGGAAAAACUCAAAUCAAAGCAAAGACUCCCUGUUUACUUUAACCAAUACAGGUGAUGCUAGCAUUAGCUUGGCAGCUGCUGCAACCACCAAGAAUAGUUUACCUGGUGAUGUUAGUAGUAGUUUAGCAUUAAUGGCAGGGGACAACUUGAGCCCAGUUUCUCAGACUUUCUCUUUCCUGGAUUCAGUCCUUCAGACCCCUCCGGCCUCCACACCUGACUCACAGACCACUACCCCUGUCACCAACACCCCUUUGCCGGCCGCUGCUCCGUCAACUAAGUCUGUCCCAGCAGAAGCUGCUGUGCCUGCUUCACAAACCUAUUCUAGUUUCAGUCCUCCCUUGCCACCAUUAAAGAACCUUCCAGAUGCUCCUCCCAUGUCUGCUUUUCAAGCAAGUACGCCCACUCCUGUUAUCAGCACCACAGCAGCAGCCUCCUCUGGAAUCACUCCCGACCUGACCACUUUGGUUGGAUCUUCUGCUCCUCCCAGUAACAGUGAAGAUACUCAUCCCUUCCAGUCAGACACUUCUAGUAGAAGUGUAGGUGAAGUCCUUGGCUCGACAGCCACUCCCCUUCUCCCUAUGACCCCUACAGCCCCUCCCUCUCUUCCUGCACACUCUGAACUCCAGGAGUCUUCGCCGCCACUGCUACCCCGACUGGAAGUAAAAUCUGACAACAAGGACAAACAGGAAAAGACAGAUCUGAUGCCCAGCCAAACAGAGAAGAUCAACUCCUUUGAAAAGCAGAAGAUGGACAACGGCCCCGACAAGAAUCAGAAGUCUGACAAGAUCCUUAAAGAUGAUGAAAAGAUGGAGAAAUUAAAUGCAGAAAAAAAUAAGGCCAAUGAGAAAACUGAGAAGGCAGACAAACCAGAGAAGGUUGACAAAGACGAGAAGAAGCCAACUGAGAAGAAGGAGGAGAAAGGAGGGAAAGUGACGCCCAAGACUGCAGCCGCCAAUGACAGCAAGCCUGUACCCUGCAAGCCUGAUGUGGAUUCAAGCAAACCAAACUCAACCAAAUCCCGCCCAUCCGCCCUCUCCACCAAUGGUGAGGUCACAUCAGCCAAACGCCCCUCCCCCACCACAACCACAGCCAAUAAAAAAAGUCCUGUUACCAAGGCGACCACACCCUCUGCUGCCAAGCGGUUGCCAAUGGCAGCGGGCUCUGUCAAGGCAGCCAAAACACCUGAAAAUGGUACAACUGAGAAACGCCCACCUGAAUCAAAACCCACUCCCACAAGCCAUGCAGGGUCCACUAAGGAUGGUACCUCAGCUCCUGCAAACAAAAUUGCUGCUAACAAGAAUGAGAAGACUGACAAGACAGGAGAGGCCAAGAAACCCAAGACCACAGCAAGUCGCCCCCGUCCAGUGUCCACUGCUACUCCUGCUCCUCCAGCUACCACAACUAACGGCGAAAGUACCACCAGUCACCGCCGCCGUGUAAUCACCAAACCUCCUGUUCCCAAGCAGACCCCACUGGAGAAGAAGCCACCGGUGCCUCGUGCACCGAGAACUCCUCGGCCAGUCAACGCACCAACACCAGACCUGAAGAAUGUUCGCUCCAAGAUUGGAUCCACUGACAACAUUAAGUACCAGCCUGGUGGAGGAAAGGUCUCCUCCACCCCGAACAACAAGACAUCAGACCCCUCUACCCCAGCUGCCAAGUCCAGAGUUCAAAUAGUGCACAAAAAGUUGGACUUCAGCCACGUCACAUCUCGCUGUGGCUCCAAGGACAAUAUCAAACAUGUCCCUGGAGGUGGCAACGUUCAGAUCUUGAACAAGAAGGUUGAUGUAAGCAAGGUGACAUCCAAAUGUGGAUCCAAGGACAACAUCAAAUACAAACCAGCAGGUGGUGGCGAUGUGAAGAUUGAGUCCCAUAAAAUAAACAUAAAGGUGAAGUCAAAGAUUGGAUCCCUGGACAACGUGGGGGCAGGCGAUGGACAAACUAAUGGGCAAAAGGAUGAGAAGGCAGAUGGAAAGACAAGUUCACCACCGAGUGGCACUCCGACACCAGCAGCUGGGCGCGUGGCUCAGGAGAACGGAGUGAAGGAAGCUACACCUGCUCCUUUUGGGGGGGAUGGAGUGAGGGAAUCUCUUAGCAUAGACACACGCAUCCCAGAGACAAUUUCUUCACCUCCGCAAAUUGCAUCUCAGUGCAAGUAGGUUUUGGUGGCAAAUGCGCGGCACUUGCCGAUCUACCGAUCAACCGACCGUCCCACCGCCACCCUCCAUCUCACCCACCGCAGAACCAAACUGAACUGUUGCUCUCAGUGUUUCUCUGGCAUCCGCCUGUCAGCUUCCUGCCAACUACCAGCCAACCUUUCAACACCCUCAGCUUGAUUUUGCCCUUGUGUCUGCCACAGAGAAGUGUUGUUCCUGUGAGUGGCCUUCCAGUAGCUUCUAUCCUAAUAACGUCUCCUCUAUACACCAGCUCAGAAGCCUUGAAGCCCGUAUCUCACAAACCCGCCACAAUAAACCCACCGCUCCAGCCAGUGCUGUGAAGAAACACACAGAGAAUAGCCCGGUUCUUUCAUGCAGUACUUCCACGUGUGAGUUUAUUACCAUUGAAACACACCUUACUGAUACACACUCAUCAUAAUUUAAAAAGCUGUGUCAUGUUUUCUGAAACCAGAACCACUCAGAUCUUCAUGUCUGCUAACGCCAACAUUCCUGUUUCACAUUUUGACCACACCAAUGAGCCGAGACUGUUCCUGGCCAGGGCCAUGAGCUUCUUUGAGUUCUGAAGGUUUGGAAAUAGUUUUUAAGAGUGCAAAUACGUC